AUGGGAAACCAACAAUCAAAUGAAAAUACAAGAAAAAGACGAAUAUAUAUAAAACCUAAAACUAAAAAAGAUGCACGAAUAGUUCAGUUUAAAGUUAUACAAAGAGAAACAAACGCAAGUUUUAUCAGAUUUAAUGUAAAUGAUUAUGUUUCUUACAAAGAUGGGGAUUACAAAUAUAUAGAUAUUUCCAUAGACCUUGCUAAUCGCCUUCCUGUAGCGAGUAACGACAUAAUAAUUGACUUGAAUUAUACAUUAGGCUAUAAUAGUAUAAAAACUUUUGAAAUGGCUUUAAGUCGUGUUCCAAGCGGAGGUGGCGGAG